UAAGAAGAGGUGUUACAUAAUGCACUUUUUCGUGCCGUUAUAUGACAGCUUGAACAAAUUAGUGAUCAGCACACAGUGGAAGGACGCUUGUCCUUCCUCAUCAAGUAUAUCAAGUUUGAUCAUUUCAGAUUGUAAUAUUGUACCUGGUUUCAGCUACGACUGAGGUGCCAAUUUACAACCACAUCAUCACUGCCUGAACAAAGACGCGUCUUCUCUGAGGUUGUGGUGCUCAGUCUGAUGACAAACAAACAGGACGCCGCGGUGCAUGUGGAUGCAUUCACUGGACUUAGACAUUUCAGUUAGACAGUCUUACACCACAAGAAGCUUUGAUUGAGCUAUCCUCACGACAUGCAGUCUCACUUGUGAGGGAUAAUUUUACCAUUUGGGUUUGACAAGAACUAUGGUUGUAGUGAAAUGGAAACAUUAGAAGAGAGACUUUCCACUUGCAGUGGAGCAAAAUAGGCUCGACAUACAUUCAGUUGAGGUUAAUGCAUUGAACAGAGCUAAAAACCCUACAUAGUACCACAAAGAGCUUGAUUGAUUGUUAUUCGGUUGUAGUUAUUUUUUAACUCCACCAUGAAUUCGACCGAAUGCAGUAUACAGGAUACACUGAACAUCACUGAAGAGGAAGUGUCUCAAUGGCUUUAUAGUUCUAUGGAAACAGCCAUAAUAACCGUUAUUCUGCCAAUUGAUUUGGGUCUGUGUACACUCUUUAACUUAAUCUUUCUCUUUGUAGUUUUCCGUGUUCCUGAGACGCGAUCAGACACGACUAUAUACUUGAUACACGUGGCAUGGGCUGACUUUUUAUUCAACGUCAGUUCUGUGUGUUUCUACUUAUCCACAUUUAUACAAUCUCCUGUGAAAGGUGAUCAAUCAAUCAGCCAUCCAGUGCAGUGUUGGCUAUUAGCUUUGUCUAUAUUGACUGGAUAUGUUACAUCUAUUGCAUUGGUAACUAUGAUGUCAUUUGAGAGAUAUCUCGCCCUCUGUCAUCCUUUGAAACAUCUUAAAAUUCGUGGUCGUCGACGAACCCUGAAAAUAGCUGGGUUCUGCUGGCUGACUGGGUUAGCCUGCGCCGUGUUGGAAAUACCCGCAACUGCGGUUCGUCAAAGACGAUGUGUACGUUGGCCCGAUGAAGUUACCUACCAGAUGCUACCAUCAUCUUUAAGUUAUUGUUCACCUAUAAGCCCACAGGUGUAUCAAUACACCCAACUCCUCAUACUUCUUCCGUGGUUCCUAUCAAUGUUUAGCAGUGUUUACAUGUACGCACGCAUCAUACAGGUACUCAGCAAACGCAGGGAAUUCAAUGGUAGACGGGAGACAGACAGGAAAGCCGUGCAAAUCCGCAACCAGGUCGCCAAAAUGUUGAUUGCCAACGGUGUGGUUUUCUUCAUUUGUCACGCUCCGUACAUUGUGUUGGUGUUCACGAUCUGGUUCUGUCGUACGGCUCAAAUUGACAAUCCAUUAGAAGGUUUUGUACUCACUGGAGGCACUUGGUUCAUGCUCCUGCCUCAGUAUGUUAACACCAUUGUCAAUCCUGUGAUCUACGGACUGACAAACAGGGAAUACCGAACUGCCUUCUUUCAAGCCUUCCACCUUAAGAAAGCCUCUUGUACGAUCAGUCCAUGCCAGAAGUAAUCCACCAACUGGUGCUAUACAGCCAGAUGGUCAGCAACAAGUCUUACCAUCAGUCCAUGCAGUGAUUAAUCCACCACCUACUGAUGAGCCAAAUGCUACAACUGAGGAAGGCGACAAUGACAAUGCACCCAUGCAAGGAACCAGACUAUGAUUUGACAGUGAACCAUAACGUUCCGAAACUGAUUCAUUGUAAACAGUAAACACCAUCUUCAAUGACUAAAGGACAUAUGAAUGUUUAUCACUUCAUGGGAUUUAGUUGUAUUUGCAGUGCUUAAAAGUAAGGUAUUUUGUUCUUAUGCGUAAAUCAGACUGGAACUCAAUGUUAUCCGUAACAUGUCCCAAUGUACUGUUAUUUUUAACACAAAAAUUACACUUUUAUCUUAAUUUGACUGCCUGUACAUUGUAGGUUGUUUUUGUGUAUCUUAACAAAAAAUAGCUGUGUUAGCCUUAUAGAUAAAACAAAGAAGGAAAUGGUAGCACUUAAAGACUCACUAGCUACAU